GCGCUCAUUCGCCAUGGCGGGCCCGGGCCCGAGCAAACACAAGCUACAAAAUGUGGGGCCUCAGGAGGAGUGGUCUAUCCGGGAAAAAUUGUGCCUCGCCUCCUCCGUCAUGCGAAGUGGCGAUCAAAACUGGGUCUCCGUAAGUCGAGCAAUCAAGCCGUUUGCAGAACCCGGGAGGCCUCCAGACUGGUUCUCACAAAAGCACUGUGCAUCUCAGUAUUCUGAACUACUGGAAACUACAGAGACACCUAAGCGCAAGAGGGGUGAGCGUGGAGAAGUGGUGGAAACCAUUGAAGAUGUGAUCGUUAAGAAGCUCACCGUUGAACGAAUUGAAGAGCUAACAAAAAGCAUUCGCGACAUACAAGAACGAUACAAAAAAUUAAAACAUGAAUUGGAACUGGUUCAGAACGGGCAGUUGGACCAUAAUCUGCAUGAAAUCUGGAACGACAUUGUCGCUCGAAAGAAACAAGAUGAAGAAGAGGCGGAAGCGAAAAGGAAAGCUGUAGAAGAAGCAUAUCAAGCUCGCAUGGCAAUCAAAAAUGCCCCCAAGAGACCAUUGGCUAGCAUUCGUACCUUGUCAGCAGAUCCCACAACUUCUGGCCUCGACUCUCCAAGCUCUGACGUGGCUUCCGGAAGUGACGUGGUUAUGGCACAACCUCCUUUGGGUGGCAUUGCGGUGACGACACCAGCAGUUUCAUCUCCUGUGACUUCGACUCCCACUGCGGUGCCUGGGAUUGACGAUUCACUAGCAAAGAAAGCAGCAACCAUAGAUGUACAGAAACCGAGCCCCCCACAGUCGCCGCUGACUGAGCUUCUGCGUAAAAACGGGAUUCCAUCCUUCGGCACCGUAACCUCGGAAAAGUGUGGUGAGGGCACUUUUGCAGAAACGGGCAUUGAAGCUGAUACUGUUCCUCUUCAUGAAAUGCCCAUCACCCCAUCCCCUAUCCUUACCAUAACACCUGGCCCUCCAUCUGCAGUGGCACCAACUCUGUCCAAACUGCUGGAAUCUGGGCUGUCUGCAGUGCCAAUUCCUGCAGCAAUCGCCGUUUUCCAGACACCGCCAAUGGAAGCGCCUGCGGUUGCACUCAGGAUCCCGGAGAUUCCUGAGCCCAGUCCGGUGCUGAAACAAGCUCAGGAGGAAGCAGGCAAAGUCUUGGCAAAUGAAAGCGAUGUACAAAUGAGCGUCACCGUCGUGGGACAAAGGCUGUUGCUUCCCUGCGAGAGCAAUGCGCACGUUGCCGUUGUCACGGCCCCUCCGGCGGCGGAGGUUCCUGCCGCCGAAAUGGCGCCCCAAGAAGUUAAUGCGGCCGCUUUGACGACGGACGCCACAGCAGCAGCAUCUGAGCCAGCAGUGACAUUGGCAGAGGAAAUUAUUCCACAGCCGAAAAGCGAACUCGCUCCCCCUGCGCUUCCCAAGGCUGAGGUGGUGCCAGAGGCAGCGAGGGUCGAAGUUCAGCCACUAGCGGAGGUUUUGACCGAACAGCCGCAAGUGGAGGAGGUGGUGGUGGAGUCUCUGCAGCAGGCACUCGUGCCUCAAGCGGAGGACGCGGCGAUGGGCGAUGGGGAUGGGGAUGUGCUCGGCGAGAUGGAGGAUGGGGAGCAGGACAUUGAUAUUCCCCUUGGAAGUGAGGAGGAGAAGGCAUUGUUAGAGGAGCAGAGCCCCCCAUCUCAUCCGGAAAUUCAGAUUGCUCAGGAGGAAGAAGGAAUGGCGGAGGAGAUAUUUUCUACUCCACCUGAAACGCCUGCACCCAUGCCCACUCCCAUGCCCACUCCCAUGCCCACUCCGAUUUCCACUCCCAUAUCUACUCCCAUACCAACAUCUACACCAUUGCCCAUACCCACUCCUGUGCCCACUCCUGUGCCCACUCCUGUGGCCACUCCUGUGGCCACUCCCGUGGCCACUCCCGUGGCCACCCCCGUGGCCACCCCCGUGGCCACCCCCGUGGCCACCCCCAUAGUCAUCCCCGUGGCCACCUCCAUGCCGACACCAAUGGUCACACCCAUGCCCACCCCGAUGGCCACACCCAUGCCCACCCCAAUGGCCACACCCAUUUCCACCCUGAUGUCCACACCCAUGCCCACACCCUUGCCCACCCCGAUGCCCACCCCGAUGUCCACACCUGCACGUGAUACUUCACCCACGCCCUUGCCCACACCCAACCAAGAAGAGCUCAAGCCAAGUCUGGUGCAGCCCUUUAUGCCGCCUCCCGAGGUAAAGGAAGAAAUAGCAGUCGAAGCGGCAAAACUAUCUCCACCCGUGGAACCGGUUCCCCAGGUCAAGUGUGAAGCAGCUGAUCCCCCGGCUGAGCAAUUGGCAUCACCCAAAGUCCAGGCACACACGUCCCCACAGCCGACCUCGCCUGUAACUCAACCCAAAGAUGAAACGGAGAUCCAAGCUGCAGACCCAGCUACGGAGGGCGUGGUUGAGGAUGUUGAACAGAGGAAAAAUGAGCAGCCUAACCUGGAGGCGACGGCACAGACUGAGCCCCUUGUUGAUGUAGAAAACAAGCGUGAGGGCACGACUGAGGUUUCAGAGGAGGUGGAGACGCACCAGAUUCCAGACAUUGUUCCCGAAGAAGAGGAGGACGACGAGGUGACUGUGAAAAAGGACGAGCCAGACCCGGAGGGGACCAAGCAAGAGCAGGCAGUGCCUUCUGAUCCAGCCUCUCCAGCGAGCAGCACCAGCUCCAAGGUACCAAGCGAAGACACUCCGCUGGGCAUACGCAGGAAGCCAGGCCGCCCAAAUAAAAGAAGCAUGGUCAAAAAGAUUGUGAAACUGCAGCAAAAGGAGGUGGGCAGCGAGGCCGGUAGCAUCGAGGAGGAGCGUAGCGAGACGGACAUUCUGGAGGUGAUGGAGCAUGGAGCCAGUGAGAGCGAGGACGGCUCCAGCAUGCACAACACGCUGCACAUGCCCUCCACCAGCCUCACCGACUCGGUGCCCAACAGCCCUGCCUCCUCGCAGUUCUCCAUUGGCAGUGAAGAUCCAGAAGCACUCCAAGCUCAGAAAAUUUGGAAAAAGUCCAUCAUGCUGGUUUGGCGGGCAGCGGCCAACCACAAGUAUGCCAACGUUUUCUUACAACCGGUGACCAACGACAUUGCCCCUGGCUAUCACUCCAUAGUCCACAGGCCUAUGGACCUGUCGACCAUCAAGAAGAACAUUGAAAAUGGCGCAAUCCGCACCACGGCCGAGUUCCAGCGUGACGUCAUGCUCAUGUUCCAGAACGCCAUAAUGUACAACAGCUCGGACCACGACGUGUUUCACAUGGCCGUGGAGAUGCAGCGGGAUGUCAUGGAGCAUGUGCAGCAAUUCCUGGCGACCCAGCUGAUUAUGCAGACGUCAGAAUCGAGUGUGGGCGCUAAGGUUCUGCGGGGUCGAGACCCAGCCAAGAAGCAAGAGUCCCUGGAGAAGGUGCAUGCGCAGACACUGUCUCACAGGUUUGCCGUCUCGCGAGCGUCGGCUUUCUCCAUGACCAGUAGCAGGGGUGGCAGUCUGACGCAACCACAUGUUUGACAUCCUCAGUAUGGGCUCUCCUGCAUUCCUGCUGUCCUUAUUUGAUGUGGGCACGAGGGGGCGGCGGUCUGCCAUUGAGGCUGACAUGAAGAUGAAGAAGUAGGGAAGGAUGCUCGUCACUGUUUUACCCGCAGCUGGUGGAUGUUCAUCACCAGGCCAUCACGAAAAGGACAAAGGCCAAGUUCUCACUUAGUUUCCUCUAUCGUAUGUGUACGGCCUUGGCAACGGUUAGCCACUUGGUCUUGAAACUUAAUUUUAGCCCACUAGGUUUUAACCCGUGAGGAAAAAUCUGCAUUGUAGGUUCAAAUUGUUCACAGAUAAUUGUAAAUUGUCAGAGCUGUGGAGCAACCAUUCAUCGCAAACAUUCAUCGCAAACAUCUUUGACUAAUAAUUCUAUGCGUAUUGUUCAUUACAUACUGAUUGACAUUACAAUAUUACAAAUUAGCAAAGUUACAUUUCCCACAUGAUAUUUUCAACAGCAUCAACAUUUGAUUAAAUUCUGUAUCCAUUGGUAGGUAUCAGACAAAUGUACUUGUGACAGUUCAACUAUAAUAGAUACAUGUUUUAAGCCACUGACUGGCUGUAUUCCCAAUGCUUUGUUAAGCUGGAUAGUGCUCUAAAUAUGUAACCACAAGACCAUAAUGUUAUCUUGAAUGUUACCACAGUCAUUAAUCAUUGUCACAACGUAGCUGGAGAUGCUCGCGUUCAUUUUGGCAUGCAGAUAUUUUACGAUGUGUUUUCUCCGCCCCUUUUGAGUAUCGGCCAGGGGAAAGGGAGAAUGUAUAUUUUGUUUCAUGUUAACGAGCACUGCCCUCGCAUUUGCGCCGGAUUCACAGCCCGGGGUCGAGCUUGGGUUGUAUGACGUCAGUACGCACCAACCACGCUCGACGCUGUGGGAUGAUGGUGAUGCCCCCACCCCCACGUGCCAGCCAGCGAUUUUUUUUGUUAUUUCUAAUAUCGUAUGAUGUAUUGUAGUUUUAAGGUUUUGUACAGAACAUGUUUUUUUUAAGUCUUACAUUUGGAGAGGACCAUUAGAAGAGAGACAAGGCUGUGAUGUUGAGAUGCUUAUAUUGUUGAAAUGGUGUAAAUUUGUUUUGUGUUUAUUUGAAAAAUGUAUAUGCUUAAUGUGUACUGAACGUUGGAUAAAAUAAAUGUUGCA